AUGCGCAAGCCGGGCCCGGUGCUGGGAGCCCGCUGCGCGGCCGCCGUUUCGCGGGAAGAAGAGCAGCUCCGGCUGCGCUUAUUCCUGACACUCUGGGAGAUAUCGCGCCUCGCACCCCCCCGGAGAGGGCCGGGAGCCCUCUGCGGGGACCCGGAACUGGUGAGAACCCCCAAACCCAGUCCUCCCCCCCCGCUCCGCCACGUCACCUUUGCAUUCCGACAAGAUGGCGCUGACGACUUUGACGUAGUGAUUGAAGCCAUGCCGGAGGCGCCCUAUCAAAAGGAGGAGGAUGACCAACAAAGGAAAGAGGUUAAAUAGGAGAGCCGGAACAAUACCACCACCACCAGCACCGGCACCAGCACCAGUGGCAGUGGGACGACCGGGUUACGGGGGACUGAGAAGAGUGAACCCGUUGACAACCUGAGCCCCGAGGAGCGGACGCCUGCCUGCACGGUGUUCUGCAUGCAGUUGGCCACCCACAUUCGGCCUUGGGACUUGGAGGAGUUUUUCUCUGCUAUCGGCAAGGUGCAUGAUGUGCGCAUCAUCGCUGACCGAAACUCGCGCCGUUCCAAGGGCAUUGCCUACGUGGAGUUCUGUGAGAUCCAGUCAGUGCCGCUGGCCAUUGGGCUGACGGGGCAGCGGCUGCUCGGUGUGCCAGUCACUGUGCAGGACUCCCAGGCUGAGAAGAACCACCUGGCAGCCAUGGCCAACAACCUGCAGAAAGGCAGUGGGAAGCCGAUGUGCCUUGUGGGCGCCCUGCACUUCAGCAUCACCGAGGACAUGCUCCGGGGCAUCUCUGAGCCCUUUGGCAAAAUGGACCACGUCGCCCUGAUGAGGGACUUGGAGACGGGCCGCUCGAAGGGCUACGGCUUCAUCUCGUUUUCCGAGUGUGCCCGGCGGGCUCUGGAACAGCAGAAUGGCUUUGAGCUUGCUGGUCGGCCGGUGAGGGUUGGUCAUGUGACAGAGCGGCCAGAUGGUGGCACAGACAUCACCUUCCCUGACGGGGACCAGGAGCGGGAUCUGGGAUCCGCAGGCGGGCGUGCGCUCCCAGCCACGCUGGCAGAAGCUCUGAGUCCGGCCCUGAGCCUCGCCUCACAGUGCUUCCAGUUCUCCAGCCCCUUUACACCCCGACCAGGUAAUCAGUGACCCGGCUCACCACCUUCCGGUCUCCUCCACAGCUGCCCGUCCACAGCUCCCUCUCGCCCGUUUUGCGGACCAAGCCAUCCCGAGGGCGUGGACAUCGGCUCUGGGGGGAGCCCUGCCGUGGAGCCCUUUGCUAAUGAUAGGCCCAGUCGGAGAGGGCGGAAUGACACCUGCACUGGCUCCUCUGGGCCUCCGUUUGUCCUGUCUCUUCCCAGCCACCUCGGUGAUGCCUUGAUUCCUCCCCCACCGGGAAGGCCAUGGGGCAUCAAGGGAGGAAGCCAUUUCCCUCCUCUUUCUCCACCUUUACCUUAAAGUCUAUCAGAGAAAACUCUUAGGCGUUUGGGCCGUGAACCUUGAAGGUGCUAGCUUGCUGCUCCAAGGGCCCUGGAAGACUUGGAUGUGUUUUGGGAAACCUGCCUUUGACUUAGCUUGGUGCAGCUUAGGACCGGAACUGCCCUUUCACGGGGUCUUGGCUGAGGGUGGUGGGAGUGGCUUACCCCGUGUGGCCUUUUGGGUUCCUUGGGAUCUUCAGGAAUUUCUUCCCUCUUCCUUGGCUUAGCUGCCCUUGUUCCCAGCUCCUCCCUGUGGUCUAGGGUAGAGGGGGAGUCUGCUCCUCCACCCCACCUCCUGUGAACCUCUCCUGGGGCCCAGCCCUGGCUGGGCACGUGGGUCCUUCUCAUUGGGAUUUACACCCUGCGUCUGUGUAUGUAAAUAGACACAUACACUUUGUACAAAAGGUGGUGCCCUGUCACGGUGGCUGCCGCCACGCCACCCGUGUCUAUAGUCUCAGUCAGUUGGUGUGUCUGUCUGAUUUUAACUUCUCAUGAGCCAAAGACCACAGAUGGAUCUAGGGAUAUAAAACAUUUGUAAUGCCAUUGUGUCUUCUCUUUACUUUUUUUGCUCAGAAAGAAGCCUAAAGGGUUCCGCACUGGUUUGCCUCUGCACCAGCCUCCCUUCCGCGCACUGUCUGUCUCCCACCAGAUGGCAGUGUGACGGUCGUUCUUUGGGUACCUUUCUCAGGGUGCUUGUGAUCUCCGGGAGCUGGAUGGAGCACCAGGGGCGGCGGGCGGGUCCUGAGCUUACAGAUCUCCACUGGUUGGCCUCUGGGUGGUAGAAGCCCCAGCUCGGUGUCCACAGGAGUGUGUCCAUUUGCUCAUCUGGGCUCCCCUGACCUGAGGCCUGCUACUGUGCCAGGUCACCCCCACGGCGGCUCUCCUCAGGCCACUGCCGGGACAGGACACAGCAGACCAACCACUCUGGGACCUGCUCCAAAGGGCCGGUGUACCUUCCUCUGCCCCAGGCCACCAUAGGAAGAGCCGGCCAGGAAACAACCAGAAGCAGAGGCAGAGGCCCGGGGACAGACCUGUGGGGCUUCUCCAUUCUUGACUGAUCUCUAUAGCAACUGAAUGUUAAGACUUUAUUUCAUGCUAAAAAUACAGAUAAUUGCUGUUAGGUUCUUAAUUUUUUUUUGUCAGCUCUCUAACUUCUAAGUAGCUGAUGACCUUGUAGUGAUGUUAGCCGCCAGGGUUGCUUUUAGCACCAACUCCUUAAUUACUUGAGGCCUGCUGGUGGCAUAAAAAGGCCACAGGGACCUAGGACUACCAGACUGUGCUGUCACCUGCUGCUGCUGCCACCCCCACCCCUCUGGGUCCUGCCUAGCAGAGCCUGCUCUUUGGACCUGGGGGAAGGGAGGAAGAUGCUCUAUUUUUAGGCAGGAGCUCCUGGCCGUGACCCAGUCCCCUAGAGUUAUCGAUCUAUCCACUAAUGCAUCCUGAGAAACUGCAGUGGGGACCAUCCUUGUCAGUCAUCCCGAGGCCAUGGGCCAGGCCCCCAUGUGGCUGGCUUGGACCGCUGUAAACUUCUAUUAAUACCCACAGGCCCGGCCUCCCUGCCCUCCUGCUCAGAUGAACCCCUGUGCCCACCUGCUUAGCUUCCCACCCCUAACUAACUUUUGCCUCCCUGUGUUUCAGCAUUCACGUUCCAUCUAGCGCUUCCCCCGCACUGCCCCUUGUUCAUAACCGCUCCUCCCUCCUCUUGCUGAGGAAGACAACUGUGGAAGUGAAGAAACAUCUGAGCCCACUUCUGCUUUCUUCUUCACCCUAUAAGGCGACGGCAUCUAGUGGGUGACAGUGGUGUCACCGUGUGUGACUCAGUGCCUUCUCGUUACUCAUCCAUCUAUAGGGGUGGUUGGAACGGAGAGAAGAGGGCAGCAAGCCAUCUCUGGGCACAAGGCAAGAGAAGCCUCCUCCCUCCACCUGCCUGAGCAUGAAACUAGAUGGGGGUACGGGUGAAACUGUGGCCCAGAGGCUGAAACUGGCCUAGUGAGAAUUUUCCCACCAGCCUUAAGUGGGGUUUUCAUUGAACUUUUUGGCUUACGAGAUGCCUUGGUGGCAUAGCGGUUGUGAGUUGGGCUACUAACCCCAGGGUCA